AUGUGGCGGCACAGCAGCAGAUAUCCUGUUUAUAGCGACGACGAAUCAGAUUAUACCGAAACGGACAUCUCGAUUGUCGAACCCCCCCGCCGUACCACGUUCAGGAGACGCUCUACGUCCCGUCAUCGUGAACGCCGCAGCCCAGACUUCAGCAACACCUACCUGAGUCCUAUCGUUCAGGAUGUCCGUGUCCAACGGUCGGCCUCAACAGGAGGCCGGCGACCUCAUCGAGAACGGGGUCGAGAACGGAUUUACGAGCAAGAAGUGGUCCCGCCGCCGCCGCCUCCUCCUACAGCACCCGUCUCCGUCGCCGUUGACAUCAAGAAUGACUCUCGUAAUAAAGGUUCCAACAAGAGUCGCAGACAGAAGCAUAAAGCCACCACCAGUUACCCGCAGCCAGAGGAGCAGUCCGAGUCUGAGGAUGAGACCGUCCUGCGACGUCAUCAUAGACGCCCCCACGCCAGCCACAGUAUUUCCCGCGAGGCUUCGCCCGCCCAUUCUCAUUCCCAUUCAACCCCCGUCCUUACGUCCCCGCAUCAGCGAGACUAUGAACUAGUCAUCGACCAGCGGCUGUUGGAGAAGAAUGAUGCCCGACAAGACCUCGAGCUCAUGAAGCAGCAGCAAGAGAUCGAGCGGUUGGAACGGGAGCUGGCCCGGCGCCGGGAGAACAGAGAUACCCGUCAUCUCCACAGGGAUGAAGAACACUGGUACGAGGACGAGAUCAGCGAAAGACUGAGGCGGCUGGAGCGACAUGAGAAUAAGCAGCGCGAGCGUCGUGCCGCUGAGCAAGCGCGGUUGGAGGAGGAGCGACGCAAUGCCGAGUAUCGCCAGCGGAUUGAGAAGUUCGAACAAGCCGAGCGUCUGGCCGCAGAGCAAGAGGAGAUCAAGGCCAAGUUGCGCGAGGAGAAGCUCAAAGAGAUGCAGCGGAAGAUAGAAGAGGACGAAGAGAAAGAGCGUGUUAAGAAGGAGAUUCGUGACGAAGAGGCGAGAAAAUACAUCGAGGAACAAGAGCGGCUGAAAGAAGAAAUGAGAAUGAAGCAAGCCGCCAUCGAGGAAUGGAAGCUUAACGAAGAGCGCCGCAUAAUAGCGGAGCGAAAGGAAAAGGAGCAAAAGGACCAGGAAUUCAAAGAACGACUCAUGAUUGAGUACGGUUAUUCGGAAGACGACAUCCAAAAUAUCCUCAAGGGGAAGAAGUCCCCAGAGAAAGAGAAGCAGGAAGAAAAAGAAAAGGAGAAGGAGAAAGAACCCGAAAAGAAGGAAGAGGAACAUAAAGAAGUCGAGCAUCAUCACCGGCUUGAGCCUCACCGGCCCACAUGGAUCAAGGUGCACCGUAAGCAUCUUCUUCCCGACACUCUGAUGGCCUAUCGCUUGGACUGGGAUUGGGACGAGCUCGAUGGAAACUAUAUCAUCAUCAAGCAAUGGGUCUCCGAAGACUUCCAGGAAGAGCUGUUUGCACACACACGGCGCCUGCGCGAUAACAAGCUAGUCACUCAAACUUCCAGCUCGUUGACAGAGCUCAAGAUCAAUGACCGGAAGAAGGACAAGAUGUAUCUCGUCCGGAAGAAGAGCCCCAACCAGCGGGCAUGGAUCUUUACAUGA